CACUUGAGUUUAAGUUCAGAUCAGCAGCAGCGUUUACGCAUGAAACAGCUGGACAACAGGAGACGCACACAAAUGGCAUCUGAAGUUUAAGGAAUCGUUCCUGAGGACCAUAAACGGCUUAGAUGUUUCCGGAGCUCCUUCAUAAACCCAGUGCUUAACAGGAUGUAACUCGAGAUUUUUGGUCUAAUGGAGUGGUUUUGUCGGAGCGCAAGGUACUGAUUUACACCGAGCGGCGCGCAAACGCGUAAAAGGCAAAAGGAAAAGGGAAAAAAAAAUCAAAGCGCACGAAUUGAAAGAGUUUUGUUUAGUGAGUGUUUAUUGCAGUGAUGCGGACUCGGUGCCCUCGGUGGCUCUUUUUGCCCUCGGUGGCUCUUUUUGCCCUCUUUCUUGUGUCAGUUGAUGGUUUCCCCAGCAAAAAGCAGAGGAUCAAUGACCCUAAACCCAGAGGGAACACCGCUCUUACGACUGGAGGUCAGGUCCGUGCUCCAGAUGCUAGAUGGACCCUGGAGGAGCUUCAGGAGCAGAACCAGCUGAGCAGCAGCAGUUCAACUCCAAGUCGACACAAAAGGAGAUGGCCACAGUUUCGAUCAGAGGGACUUCCUAAACCUGCACCCGAGGAAGAGAAGCCCUUCAUCUUAGACCUGAAGAACUUCCCUGAUCUUGCUAAUGCAGAUCUGGGCUCGCAGAAUCCGAAUAUCCAGGUGACCAUCGAGGUUGUGGAUGACCCUCAGAUGGAGGUCGAGAUGGACCUGGCUAAAGAGGGCAGGAACGACUGGCCUCUAAACUCAGAGGAAUGGCUUGGUCACAAGAAACUCUUCUGGCCUCUCUUCUGGGAUGCAACUGACUCCAACGAGGAGAGCACUAGCCAGGCCAGUCUAGAGGAGAACGGAGAUGACCAGAGCUACGGAGGAGAAGAUUCCCUGCUGAGCGGAGUGGAUGGGGGCUGGGACAGACAUUGGAAGGGCUGGGACCCGGAGAAUUAUGAUUAUGAAGAAGAGAAGUGGAGCGACUGGUCUCCGUGCAGCACCACCUGCGGUCACGGCACCCAGAAGAGGGUUCGGUCUUGUGGUUACACCUGCACUGCCACCGAGUCUCGCACGUGUGAACUGCAACGGUGUCCAGGUGAUCCGAAUGCUGUAACAGAGCUCAUUCCUCACGAGAUGAUGAACGACACCGAUGUCAUCGAUGUGGACAGCUGUGAAAAGUGGCUCAACUGCAAGAACGAGUUCCUGCAGAAGUAUCUCCAUCAGGUCCUGACCGAGUUACCCAGCUGCCCUUGCGUCUACCCGUCCGAGGUCGUCUACAGCGCCGUGAACAUCUUUGAUGAGAAGCUGCGCAAGACCUACCGAUGGCGCGACGCCAGCGGACCCAAAGAGCGCCUGGAUAUCUACAAGCCGUCUGCGCAGUUCUGCGUGCGCUCCAUGUUGUCGUCCGAAAGCACCACGCUCGCCGCACAGCACUGCUGCUACGACGAACACAUGAAGCUCAUAACCAGGGGCAAAGGUGCCGGAGCGCCUAACCUUAUCAGCAUCGAAUUCUCUCCGGAGCUCCAUUACAAAGUGGACGUGCUUCCAUGGAUCCUGUGCAAAGGUGACUGGAGCCGCUUCCACUCGGUACGUCCUCCUAACAACGGGCUGCAGUGCACAGAGAACCCUCAGGAGGACAUCUAUAUGAACGAGCUGGAGGAGGCUCGAGAGUACUGAGAGGCAAAGCUGUCUCGUCUCAGAACUAUAGAUAUACAGUAUUUUGCUGGAGUUAUGUAACGUUUAAAAAGGAAAAAAAACAACAUUCUACACUGUUUAUAUACACCUCAACUGAUACACCAGCCAGAACAGUACAGUACAGUAAAUGCAAAGAUGUCUCUAUCUUCCGCACUUUUCCCCAGAGAGCCAGAGACUCUGUCAAACAUCAGCCUCUAGAACAGGUUCACUUUAUUUAUCGGGGUUCAUAUCCAACCCAUUUGUUUUUUUUGACAUGAAAGGAAUUCCAGUCAGGCUGCUAAACUAGAGUCCAUGCAGAAUCCCCUUGUGUUGUCUUGGACUCGGAGCUCAUUGUGGCCGCUCGCCAACGCAUUCAAGAUCAAUCCAAAUAAAUCAAACAAGAUCC